AUGAACGAAUCUAUCUAUCUAUCUAUCUAUCUAUCUAUCUAUCUAUCUCAGUAUGUUCACAUCUCAGUCUGUUCACAUCUAUCUAUCUAUCUAUCUAUCUAUCUAUCUAUCUAUCGCAGCCUGUUUAUAUCUAUCUAUCUAUCUAUCUAUCUAUCUAUCUAUCUAUCUACCUAUCUAUCUAUCUCAUCCUGUUCAUAUCUAUCAUCCUAUCUAUCUAUCUAUCUAUCUAUCUAUCUAUCUAUCUAUCUAUCUAUCUCAGCCUGUUUGUUUCUAUCUAUCUAUCUAUCUAUCUAUCUAUCUAUCUAUCUAUCUAAUCGCAUGGGUAUUGCGGGCCGGAUAUGUUAUUUGGGUGAACCGGAUGUGACCUGCAGACUGCCCAUAUCUAUCUAUCUAUCUAUCUAUCUAUCUAUCUAUCUAAAACACUCCGUUCAUAUCUAUCUAUCUAUCUAUCUAUCUGAACCUAUUCAUAUCUAUCUAUCUAUCUAUCUAUCUAUCUAUCUAUCUAUCUAUCUAUAUAUAUCUAACUAUAUUCUGAACCUUUUCAUAUCUAUUUAUCUAUCUCAAAGAUUGUUCGCAUGUAUCUUUCUAUGUAUCUAUUUGUUUGCAUCUCUCUCUCUCACAUAUCUAUCUAUCUAUCUAUCUAUCUAUCUAUCUAUCUAUCUAUCUAUCUAUCUAUCUAAAUCACACUCCGUUCAGAAUUCACACUUUUUUUUAUUGGGUGGAUCUAUCUAUCUAUCUAUCUAUCCCAGUCUUUUCAUAUCAAUCUAUCUGACUAUCUAUCUAUGUCAAUUCGUAACUGUCUCUCUCAUGUCAGUCUAUUCACAUCUAUCUAUCUAUCUUUUUAUCUCGGUCUUUUCAUAUCUAUCUAUCUAUCUAUCUAUCUAUCUAUCUAUCUAUCUAUCUGAGUCUCUUCAUAUCUAUCUAUCUAUCUAA